AAACUAAUAUAGAAAGGUUCAAGCCAUAUAUAAAGCUUCUCCAGGAGAUGGGUGUUUCAGGACCAGGACAAGACAGGUGAGUCCCCUAUGUCAGUACUGAAAUAUUCCAUAGAAGCAGCCCUCAGGUUUGUGUAUGACGGAAAACCAAUUGUUGGCUCAUGGAGGAUCCUGCUGCUGAAUUUGUGUUGUAGGACAGAGGUAGAGGCAAAGGGAGCCUGAAGAAAACUGUUCUGUCCAGCCUUGAUCUAUCCUGAGCAAGAGGAACCUGUGUUUUGAAAACCUUCUUAAAGAAGGAAGGGAAGUGUUCUCUCUUCAAAGACCAAAAAAGGUUCUGCAGGAUAAGUUCCACCAUCAUGUUAGUUUCUGUCGCUUUUUUGGGCCUUGCUGUUCUCAUGGUUACUUCUGAGAGCACUUACCCAUAUCCUCACCCAGUGAACCCUUACUCCCAGCCUCGGCUGUAUCAUGGUUGCUAUGGUGAUAUCAUGAGCAUGGACACCCCAGGAGCCUCCUGUGCUAUAGACAGAUUGAUCCACUGUGGGAUCCGUGGCUCAGAAAUGUUUGCUGAGAUGGAUUUGGUGCUUAUGAAGAAAUAUCAAAAUAUAAUAAAAAAUGUUGGACAGAAACAAUGUGUGGAUCCUGCUUUGAUUGCUGGAAUUAUCUCCAGGGAAACCCAUGCUGGAUCUGUGCUCCAAGAUGGAUGGGACCAUCAGGGACUUAAAUUUGGUCUAAUGCAGCUUGAUAAACAUACUUAUCAUCCCACUGGAGCCUGGGACAGUGAAGAACACCUUAUACAGGCUGUAAAGAUCCUAACUGACAAAAUUAAGGCAAUCCAGAGAAAAUUCCCAACCUGGACCAUGACUCAACACCUGAAAGGUGGUCUCUCUGCCUACAAAUCAGGGAUUGAUGCCAUUGUAACCCCUAAUGAUGUAGAAAAUGACUACACCAACGAUAUUCUUGCCCGAUGUAAAUUUUUUAAGAGGCAUGGCUUCUAAGUUUAAGGAGGUUGACCAAACAGGUCACCAUUUAGCAAGAGAGGAUAAAUCAAAACAUGUUAAUCAAUACAUACACCCACCAAUUGUCUGAAUAAAUUAUUUACAAACUUUC